GGGCCGGGCCGGGCGGCAGCGCUCGGCACUGCGCGGCGCUGCGCGGUGCAGGGCGGUAGCGGCAGAACCGGCGGCCGCGGCCCCCCCAGCUCCGCGCCGCUCCGCGCUCCCCCCCUCCCCUCCCCUUCCCCGGCGUGCUGGCCGCCCCCAUGGCCACCAAAAUCGACAAGGAGGCGUGCAGGGAGGCGUACAACCUCGUCAGGGACGAUGCCACCGAGGUGAACUGGGUGACUUUUAAGUACAACGGCUCUACAAUCGUCCCUGGAGACCAAGGGGUAGACUAUGAAACCUUUAAAAGGAAAUGCACAGACGAUGUUCGAUUGUUUGGCUUUGUCCGAUUCACCACCGGUGAUGCCAUGAGCAAGCGAGUCAAGUUUGCCCUCAUCACUUGGAUCGGAGAGGAUGUCAGUGGCCUGCAGAGAGCCAAAACUGGGACCGACAAGACUCUGGUCAAAGAAGUAGUACAGAACUUUGCCAAAGAAUUUGUGAUUAGUGACCACAAAGAGCUGGAUGAGGAUUACAUCAAGAACGAGCUGAAGAAAGCAGGGGGGGCUAAUUACGAUGCACAGACUGAGUAAACGCACAAACCUCCUGGCACCAUCACCUGGAUCUCAAAGGGAGGGGAAAGGCACAACAAGUAACCCAGCUGAGAGAUGAGGCAACUGGAAUCCCCAGUGUUCUAUGUGUGCACCUAAGAACUCCCUUCCUUUGCACACAGUGGACUUUUAUUUUCCAUUCCAUCUCAUAAAACAUCCCUCUCUGGGCUUCUUCCCCCCCACUCCCACAUUUUUAUUACUCAUAACUUUAUGUUCUCACAUCUGUGAAAUUUAGUUUUGGCUCCGCUUUGAUCCUAUUCAGCAUUGUGUUUCUAGAGGCUUGCCAUUGUGUCUUUCUUCACUUGCCUGCAUGUCUGUGUGUUUUAGUUGGGCUUGACCUGGUCUCUGAAGGGAGAAAAUUUUGAGGGAGUUCUGAACAUUGAUUAUUUUUUUUUUUUUAAUUUGUUCUCAAUGAUACUCUUGGGAAUAAUAUUUUUUGCUGUUGUAGGCUCAGAGCAACUUGAGUUGAUUUCACCUAAACUUUGAUUAAAUUGUCUAAGCUUAAAUGUCCAGCUAAGAUGCUAUCUAACAGAUUAAAAAAGAGAACAAACAAACAAAAAAAAUCUCUUCAACUCUUAAUAAAUGGGAAUAAAUUUGCCUUAAACAUCGCUUGACAGUUGCUACGCUAUGUGCUGCAUCUCCGCCCCUCCCUAUGAAAAAUAAGAUCCAGCAUGAUCCAAAUGUGGAGGUUUUGAUUUUUUUGGAGGUAUUAUGGCACAGUAAAGUGAGGGUCUUAGAAAUGUCUGGACACUUGUUCACAAUUUUGUGUACCUUGGUCUCUGGGUUUGUAUUUGACUUUCCUAAAGCUGGGGCUCAGGAGGUGAAACUGAAAUGCAUAGAUUUUCUUUUUAAAUGAUGUCUGCAAGAAUAACAGCCGCUGAAUCCAGCAGCCUUCUCUGCCCAGGUCCCUCCUGUUUUUUUGGCAGUUAAACAUAACAUUUUCAGUUAUUUGGGGCCUUUGGGCAAUGAUCCAUCCCAUAGCUCUGACCGAGGGAUGGAGCAGGGCAGCUCUGUCCCAGCUGGGAUGAAACAUCCAACAGUGGAGGCUCAGAGAUAACCUGGGCACAGUUUGUUUGGUACCAGACUGUUUGUUCGAGGGGGCUUCUUUGUAUGGCUUUUUUUCUUUUUUCCAUCAAAGGUAAUUUUCCCCAAAAUUAUGUGUAGGGGAAACUGUGUUGUACUGGGGGCUUGGGAGUCAGCGUUAUAAACCCAUUACAGAAAUAAAUGUUUUUCAAGAACA